GAUCCUCAGCGUCAGAUCAAGCUCAUAUAAAAGACGCAGACUCUACUUUAUUCACAACCGGUGAAAAAAUCUUCCUGAGCCAGGACUUUCUGCAAUGUAAGUCUGUUUUAUGAAAUGUCUUCUAAGGGAGUUAACUGCAAGCUUUUUUUUCUAAAAGGGUAAUGGAUGAAGAUUUGUUUUUCUGAAGAAUAUAACUUUUCUUUUCUUUUUGGUAAAGUGGAAAUUUGGAAUAAACCAAAUCCCCCCCUUUUUCAUUUACUCAUUUUUUUUUCUUUUUGCAGUAUAAGGAAACAUUUCUUAAUUUUUUUUCUCUCCAAAUUUCAUCCCUGACAACAGAAGGAGCUUUCUUUCAACAAUAUCGUCUCGUGAACAAAAUGAAAAGACUAAUUUUACGGAUGCCAUGUUCUCAAGUGGAUAAUAAAAAAAGACUGCUGGCAUAACCGACACCACAGCUCAUCCUGAUGGGUUGUCUGAACUUCACCGGUGGAAAUGAGACUCUGCCUGGCUGGCACCCUUAUACUGUGCAGACCUCGGUGCCUGUAACAAUCCUGGUGGGUGUCCUCUUCCUGUUAAUUGUUUUUGGCAAUGUCAUGGUGGUGAUUGCUGUGAUGACAGGCAGAGCCCUCAGAGCACCUCAGAACCUGUUUUUGGUGUCUCUUGCAUGUGCCGACAUCCUAGUGGCCACAUUAGUGAUGCCAUUCUCUUUAGCAAAUGAACUUAUGGGUUACUGGUACUUUGGUAAAGUGUGGUGUGAAAUUUACCUGGCUCUGGAUGUUCUUUUCUGCACCUCAUCCAUCGUUCACCUGUGUGCCAUUAGCCUGGACAGAUACUGGUCUGUCACUCAAGCUGUUGAGUAUAACCUGAGAAGGACACCGGGCAGGAUUAAAUGCAAGAUCUUCAUAGUUUGGGUACUUGCGGCCAUCAUUUCCUUCCCUCCGCUUAUUACAAUGAAAAAGGACGAGGGUAGAAAAGACAGCCCUGAAUGUAAAAUUAAUGAGGAAAAGUGGUACAUCAUAUUCUCCAGCAUCGCCUCUUUCUUUGCACCCUGCGUCAUCAUGAUUAUGGUGUAUGUCAAAAUAUACCAGAUUGCCAAAAGAAGAACAAGAGCCCCACCAGGUGAAAGACAAAGAGGAUAUGGUAACUCAGGGAACACUGAGAGGAAAGAUGAAGGAGAGGAGGAGGAGGUCAAUGGGCAAGAUGUGGAAGAAGAGCCCUCAUCAUCUGAUGGCAAUGAAACCAUGCUAUGUUCCAUGAAGAGGAAGAAGGGCAUCAGGACAACUAAAGUGGCUCAUGUGAAGCCUGGAAAAACCUCUCCGAAGCCAGAGGCACUGCGGCGUGUGAGAGCGAGCAAGUUGAAAGGAAGGCAGUACAGAGAGAGGCGCUUCACAUUUGUUCUGGCUGUGGUCAUGGGGGCGUUUGUUCUCUGCUGGUUCCCCUUUUUCUUCACAUACACACUUAUUGCUGUGUGUGACACCUGCUGUGUGCCAGAGACGCUGUUCAAAAUGUUUUUCUGGUUCGGUUACUGCAAUAGCUCCCUGAAUCCUGUUAUUUAUACUAUAUUCAAUAAUGACUUCAGGAGGUCUUUUAAAAAGAUUCUUUGUAAAAGGGAACGGAGAGUUUUAUGAUUAAUGAGAAUUAAUUUAAUUAACAGCAUUUUUAGCCGUGUUGAGCAAGGCUGUCAUCAGUAAAUAUAACAUUGAGUAGAUAUUUAAAUAUCAUUGAAUAUUUGAAAAAUGUGACCAGUACUAUAGCCGACACCUGUGUUUAAAUAUUUGAUGUACUUCUACGUCAGUUUAUGUUUUGUAAUAUUAAAUCUUUAAGAAAAAAGAACAUAUUGUUCAGUUUGUUUUACCAGUUUGACUUCAAAUGUUUUCACUGUAUAGUUGUGACAACAUGGUUGACACAUUUUCUACAUUCAUUUGUUUUGACUUGUAAUCAUUUUCAAAUGUAUCGGUCAAUUAUCUGAAAUCGUCCCUUACUGUUCGGGUACUCUGUAAGCGUCUCAAAUCAGAGCCUGAUUGUCAUCAAAGAACAUUUCUAUUUGUGAAUUUUUGUACAACAAAAAGCUUGAUCAAAAGAAAUGUCGACGUGGCCAAUAAUUUAAUUGUGACUGAACAGAGUAAUGUUCUGAUUAAACCCAUGAUUAAACAGAGGGAACUGAGCUAACAUGAUGCACAUUAUGUGAAAACAAAGCCUGUCCCUGUAGUCACCAACAGACAAAGAUAAAAGCAUAUCUUUGCACACAAAAACAAGAGCAAGACCACAUAAAGGCAAAUAUUACCCAAAACAUGUUGUCCAAGUACCAAAACCAUCUGCUUCCCUAUUAACAAACAUGUGAACAAGACAAUUAUAUGGGAAGAAAAUUACGCCUGGGAGGUGCGGCUGGCACGACAAUUUAUCAUGAAUUAUAGCCCUUCAUAUCAGGAUAUCAUUAAAUCAUCCCCUGGAGUCCAGCAGAAAUCAUGCAGCGAUAGGAAUAUGAGUAGCUUCUGCAAAUGAUACUGGGAGAUUAAUAUCCAUACAAGCUUCUCUGAGUGUUUUGCUUUUGCUAAACUGGAUCCGAUAUCUCCAUCCUCUGUCUCUUAACACCUUUCUUUACAACAACUGCUUCUUAACAAUAACUCCUUAAGCAGUCUGUGAACCUGAAAUGCCACAUCCAUAACUGCUUUAACGUAACACACAUUUCCACAGACCACUGCUCAUAUGUACAGUAACUAGCAGAGUGUUUCCCAUGACUCUGCUCUCUGGGACUCUCAUGUUUUGAGAUUCCUGUGGUACACAUGUUUGGGUUCAAACCACGGCUCUACGUCUUAAAAUACAACAUCCAUGUCUUACUGCGAAUGGUAAACUACAGCGCUACUGUAUAGCUGAAUAAGUUCCCACAGACAUACUGACACGAGAGAUAUCAGAAAAACUGGUAUUUAAGCAUUUAAGCAAGUAAGAUGGAGUAUCAGUGUCAAUGUGUUGUAACUGCACAGUGGCAUAACACAUCUAUUCACAUUAAUCCAGGGAUACUAGACAGUCCUAAACAUAUUUCCUCUUUUCUCAGAUCCAUGGAACAUCAAUCUGAAGUUUGAAACAUUAAAGUGCAGUAAUUGGAAUCUGAAUGCUUCUCUUAAUUACAGUGACAACUGUAAUGUAGUUCGGUGCUAUGCUUGAGCAGCAGGAUGCAAACAGUACAUUUGUAAAUCAUGUUUUCACCAAGCAGUCAAUGAAUUAAAUGCUAAAAUAACUGAUGCCCAUAAAGCAUAACACAUAUAUUGGUGACAUACCUAAUUAAUCAUGUGAUACUGAAUGUUUCUAAACAUGUAAUAUUUUUUUAGUAAAAUUGAGUUUUCUCUGAAGUCUCUUUUCAUCAUGUCACUGUAAAUCAUGGUUGGUUACA